AUGGACUCGCGAGAUUCGGCAUCUCAAUCCUCCUCCUCCCCUGCGGCGGCCGCACCGGCGACCGGCACUUCUACGUCGUCCAACGGGGAGGACGACGCAGUUCUCUCCUUGACCGCUGCUCUCGCUAAGGACGCCGCAUUGCACUUCACGUCCCGCCGCUUCUCCGACUGCCUCGAUGUUUUGCAUCAGGUCAAGCUGAAGAAAGAAGGCGAUCCUAAAGUACUUCACAAUAUUGCUAUAGCAGAAUAUUUUCGAGAUGGUUGUUCGAAUCCAAAGAAGUUGCUUGAUGUGCUCAACUCCGUCAAGAAGAAAAGCGAGGACCUUGCAAAUGCUUCGGGAGAAGCUGUGGAAGUUGGUAGCAACAAAGUCGCACCUAGUUCUAAAGGAAGUGGUACGAUGACACAUCAGUCGUCUGGUGGAAAUAGUGGAACACUGGUUUACAUGGAUGAAUUUGACCCAGCUGUAGCAACGCUAAACAUUGCAAUUAUCUGGUAUCAUCUUCAUGAGUAUACGAAAGCCCUAUCGGUGUUAGAGCCUCUGUAUCACAAUAUUGAGCCAAUAGACGAGACGACAGCUCUUCAUGUUUGCUUGUUAUUGCUGGAUGUCGCACUUGCUUGUCAAGAUGCAUCCAAAUCUGCUGAUGUGCUACUUUACUUAGAGAAAGCGUUCGGUGUCAAUACUGUGAAUCAUGGUGAUAACGGUAAUGCACAACUGCAACACUCAACGAAUCUAGUUGCAAAAUCUUCCUCUAUUCCAACAAGUUCAUCAGCAGUCGAUGCAUCUAAUUCUGAUUUAGGGGCUAGCGGGAAUUCCUUAGAAAGUUCGUUAUCAAGAUCACUAUCAUUAUCGGAGGAGUCGCUGGAGUAUGAAUCUAUGUUUUCUCUCGACAUAAGUUCUCAGGGCUUGGGGAAGCCACCAGGCUUUUCAUCGUCUACUGAUCUUUCAAGGAACUCAGGGGAUAGGUCUAUGUCUACCAUCGAUUUGAAGCUUAAGUUGCAACUGUACAAGGUUCAGUUUCUUCUUCUGACCAGGAACUUGAAACAUGCUAAGCGUGAAGUGAAGCUGGCUAUGAACAUUGCACGAGGGAGAGACUCAUCAACAGCCUUACUCUUGAAGUCUCAGCUUGAAUAUGCCCGUGGCAACCACCGAAAAGCUAUCAAGCUUUUGAUGGCAUCGAGUAAUAGAACAGAAAUGGGAAUUUCAAACAUGUUCAACAACUUAGGUUGCAUUUACUAUCAGCUUGGGAAAUACCACACCUCAUCAGUCCUCUUCUCAAAAGCACUGAGCAGCUGUUCAUCUCUUCGGAAGGACAAGCCUCUAAAGCUGUUAACUCUGUCACAGGAUAAGUCUCUCCCCAUAUUGUACAAUUGUGGCGUACAGCACUUGGCAUGUGGGAAACCUUUCCUGGCUGCUCGGUGUUUUCAGAAGGCGAGUUUAAUAUUCUACAACAGGCCUCUUCUUUGGCUCCGUCUUGCUGAAUGCUGUAUCAUGGCUUUAGAAAAGGGAGUAAUUAGAGGUUGCAGUGGUGCCUCUUCUGGCAAAUCAAACAUCAUGGUACAUGUUGUGGGUAAGGGCAAAUGGAGGUAUCUUGCUUUGGACGAUGGGAAAACAAGAAAUGAAUUUGCUGAAAAAGAGGUUCUGUCAAUGGGUGAUGGUCAACCUAAGCUUUCGAUGUCCUUUGCUCGGCAGUGCCUAUUCAAUGCUUUGCAUUUGUUAGACUACUCCGAACUAAACCAUCUGAAGUAUGGGUUACCGUCAUCUUUCUCCUUGGAGGAAAAUGAAUCCGACGGCACUCUUAAGAGCCCAAAUCACAAGAACUUGACAGGUAUUGAUGCCAAAGCCUCGGCUGGUAACAUGGGUCUGAUUAAUGCAAAUGGUGAUGCGAAAGAGCAAAAAGGAGGAACACCAAGCCAGGAGGUUAUGCAGAACUCGAUAUCUUACUACGAAGUUGUCCAUCGGAGAGAAAACCAGAUGAUUAAGCAAGCUCUUCUUGCAAACCUUGCAUAUGUUGAGCUGGAACUUGAAAACCCGACCAAGGCUUUGUUGAGUGCAAUGUCUCUCUUGGAACUACCGGAGUGUUCGAAGAUUUUCGUCUUUCUUGGACACUUGUAUGCAGCAGAAUCACUCUGCUUACUGAACAGGCCCAAAGAAGCAGCCGAGCAUUUGUCGAUUUAUCUCUCUGGUGGAAACGAUGUUGAGUUGCCCUUCAAGCAAGAGGAUUUUGAGCAGUUGCUAGUGGAGAAAAGUUUGGAUUCCGAGGAGUCAAAUGGAGCAGCAGCACAGAACAAGUCUUCUAACUCUGUAGAGGAAUUACAAAGCAUUGCAUUCCUGAAGCCAGACGAGGCACGUGGAACCCUCUAUGCAAAUUUCGCCGCCAUGUACGCCAUGCAAGGAGAGCUCGAACGAGCCUACCAUUUCGUGACACAAGCAUUGACCCUCGUCCCAGGGAACCCGGAAGCCACGUUGACGGCAGUGUACCUGGACCUGUUGCUCGGUAAGUCUGAAUCGGCUGUUACCAGGUUAAAGCAAUGCAGCCGGGUAAGGUUCGUUUCAGGCAAUGUAGUAUUGAAUAAAUCUUGA